AUGCGACUCACUGGGUGGCCGUAUGAGCAAGCAGAAAAUUACAUCUGCACUCUUCGAAACUGCGUGGAUCUAAAUUCUGUAGCGCCUCCGUCUGCUCACAGGAGGCAUCCGGUUCGUCCGUCCGAGUUCCUCAAGAAGCACCAGGAGACGAUCCUGGAUGGACACUACGGCCUUGCAGUGAAUGACAUUGUCACGCCUGUGGCAUACCGCAAGAAAAUGCUGGACCUGGGUUUCGAAUCCAUUUCGACCAGGCCUAAGGCCAAGCCUGCCAAGGCUAUCAGACGAGAUUCUGGUUACUCGUCUUUUGAGCUUCUGACGGAUCCGGCCAGUGCCAGUGGCCAGGAAACAGCCAAGGAGGUUGAGUUGGUUGCAGAGGAUGUCCUAGGUGGAACCACCUUGAGUUCAGAAGGUGGGUCUUUGACCUCGUCUUCUGUGGCCUCUGGCCAGGUCCCUGAGCCAAAGGAUCCACCCGCGCAGUCCCAUUCACCUGGCAAAAGAAAGGAGUCUGAGGCAGAGGACGACUUUGCCGAGUUUGAAGUGGUUGAUGAUGAUUUGGAUACGAAAGAGAAGCGAGCGGCAAAGUUGACUUCAUUGUGUGACGACCUGCAGACCCUCAAUGCCUCGAUGCUGAAGCUCCUGCACCCCAAAGAGACCUCCAGGCCACAGCAAAAGGCUAUGCCAAAGCCGCCUUCGGAAGCGAAGAAGGAUGAGGUGAAAGCCGAGAACAAGAUGGACAAGAUGGAUGUCGACGAGGGUGCGGCUUCCCCGGCCAAGGUUGUGGCUGCAUCCAGCACUGAGGAGCCCUUUGAGCCAGAUUACGACCCAGACGACCCCGAGCCAGAAGAACCAGCCCCCUCACCUCUGAAACCGGAUGAAAGUGAGCAAUCCGAAGAAGUGAUGAAGCGGGUCUUGCGCUUGCUCGAAGAACAGCGCUUGCAUAGCCACGCCUUUUUGGCGAAGUCCUCGAGGCAGGAUUCAUUCAGCGAGAAUCAGGAAAGGAUCUUUGCGGCGCUCAUGGGUCCUACGCCUCUGGCGGUGUUGCCAAUGCUUGAUGAUAUGGCUGCCAGCCAGGCCCUGCUGCUCAGGGACAAGAAUGGCAUGAGCCUCUUGCACUUCUCUGCGCGCCUUGGCUGCUGGGAGGUCAUGGACCGCAUGUUGCAGAUUAAUCCUCAGCUCUGUGACCAGAUGACAUCGCCAGUUGGUCGUCCUGCACACUGGUCUCCCCUGAUGAUCUUGAUCGAUGCGGGGCACGCGCGGGAUCCACAGACCUUCAGGUACAUGCUGGCGCGUUUGCUACAGGAGACCAGUUUGACGACCAUCGAGGCCAGGGGUGCCAAUGGGACUUCUGCCUUGCACAUGGCGACGAGCAAAGGCAUGUUCAACGCCACCAAGCAGAUCCUGUACGCUGUGUACAACAAAAGCAGGGCAGACUUGGCGGCCUUCGGCCUGGUUACUUCCAUGCUGAACACGCCAAAUGGUCGCGGUGCUGGCUGCGUUGAUCUGGCACUGCGGUGCAACGUGGAUUUGGCCAUGUACCUGCAGAACCAGUGGAACGCACGUCCUCUUCUCCCGCCACGUGCCUCUGGCCAGGCUGGAUAUGCGGGGAACGGUCUCACAGCUUUCUCAGACCAUAGACGCCUUUGCCCCGUAGGACCGCCUUGCCACAUCUGCUCCGGGUGCUGCGCUAGCAGACUGGAGUCCGUGGAUCGAGCGGCGGCCCUUUUUCAAGAAGUUUUUCUACAUGCGCUGACAAUCCCGGCGUUGAAUAAGUGGACGACUGUAGCGCCGUCUAUGACCUUGGUCGCAGCGAUGCAGCAGUGCUACGACGUCGUCCCGCAGGCCUUUGGUCGGUGUUUUGCACGCGGCCAAGCAGAAGAGUCCAGCGACGACUCUGGGGGUGAAGACGCUGCAUUGGGGGUUCCCAGAGACCAGACAAAACAAUGGAGGAAGCUAGCUAGAAAGAGGCAACAGAAGGCCGCCUUCUUUUUGCAGGAUCAAGAGUCCCGUUUCUUGACAAUGCUCUGGGGCAUUGUGACGUUCUGCGUCAUGACCGUUCACUACUCCUUGUUCAAGCGGGGAACUUGGCUCACAGAGCGCGUUGAAGAUGAGACAGACGCAAACCUUUCAUUUUUUUUUAGCAACCCAGCAGCCAGUCCAGCUGCCCGAGCCAGUUCUGAGAUCGCUUCGCUGUUGGACUCUGUCCAGGUUGACGCCUGGAUUCCUUUGGUUGGUUUGUAUGGGCCUCUGCUCUCGUGGCCGCAGAGGAGGUUGCGAAGCACCAGGCGCUGCUUGCUUACGGAGGUUGGCCAGCUGUACAGGAAGUUGCUUGAACCAUGGAAACGUUACCCCUGGAAGCUCGUGGAAUUGCCACUGAUGGAAGAGGCCAUGAGGUUUCAAGCUGCACAAGAUUUCUUUCGGGUCCGUGACUGCUGCCUGGAUGGCUUCAGUGCAAAGCUCAAGACAGUGGUGGAGGAUCCUCGUGGCCUGGUGGCUGCCAAAACUUUGAAGUUUUUAGCCUCUGUCUUUGACCGGUUGGUGCCAACGUCCACCUGCAUUGAGCGGGCUUUUGCUAGACUAAGCAGAUGGUGUGACCGUAAGGGGCCGAAACCUCAACUGUCCACGCUUGCCGCAAAAAAUGCUGUGUAUCAUUUUCGACACCUGACAGAUCACUGGCGGGCCAAAGCUCGAAAGCUUGGUGUUAUCCGCAAAGGCAAGAGUCACCGAUGUAGGCCUGACUGGGCCCAUGGUGUACGCAAAGGACGGUGUCGCAAUGGGUUGCACAUGUUUGCCAGAGAAAAUGGUUUGAAUCCUUCCGAUGAUUUGGCUCGUCAGUGGCGCUUGCAGCCUCGUGCAGAGAGGAGGCGCUUUGCCGCGCUGGCUAGAGCUGCUAACUUGCAGGCAAGAACUUUGCAGAGGUGCGACGCAAGGGCUGCCCAAGAGUCUGCUGCCCUUACUGGCGGCUUUUGGAAUAUGAGUGCAAGCACUGGCUUCCCAAUGGCCAAAUCGAUCGUUGCAGAACAUCUGCAUUCUCUGAAAGAUUAUGCCAGAAAUUUCCGCGUUUCCACUGAUUCGCUGCUUCCUGAGAGCCCAAAUAGUUUUGCUGGCGCACCAGCAGUGCCCUUUUCAUUGUGGGCCUCGUGCCAGGUUGGAGCUUGCCCUCAUGAACUGACGGCCCCCCAGCAAGAAUGCUUCUGGUCUUUGCAUGAAAUGUUGGUGCUAGUGAUUGGCAGCCAAAGCCCGGAUCCCACGGUUGCAUCAAAGGAGCCGCUUGUUCUGGAAUUUUGUUCUCAGAGAGCUGCGGCGUCCCGCCAAGUUGUUGUUGCUUACAACACGCGGAAGAAACCCAUUGAUGCAGCGCUCAUCGCUCUGCGUCCGCUCCCUCCAUCUGAAGUUCCGCAUCAGUUUCUUCAAAGUUUGGCAUGCGAGACAGGCGUAGAUGGACAAUUUCCUUUGGUCGGGGACGUGCCAAUGUGUGUCGAGCUGGCAAGCCAAGCGACUGAUUGGGAGUUGUUUGUUCUCUCUGUUGGUCCUAUCACAGACCUUCAUCUCUUCCAUAUUGUAGCUGCUAAGCGUGUAGAUUUCGUAGCCCUGAUGCUUGAAGUUGGAAGCGCCAGAGAGACCAAAAAGGCUUUAGAUGCUUUGAAAAAAAUGGAGAAGAAAAAAAUGGCUGCAAGCCAAUCCAGCAGCCAUAGGGCAGGUGGAGAGCGGCAGGGACCGAGCAAAGGACGUGGCAAGGGCAAAGCUGCCAAAGGCGCAAUGGAGAGAGCAAACAGACCAGACAUGCAUGGAGAUCGUGACGACGCGCUUGAUGACGGAGGCUCUUCGCAGUCGGACGAGGACUCUGUUGCUGAUGUAGACGAUGCUGAGGUUGACUUGUCGCUUGACCCUCCUCCUUCCUGCCCGCCUCUGGCGUCGGUUGCUCCACGACGCCGCAACGUGAGACGCGGUCAUGUUUGGGGCUCCAGCCCAGCAUUUCAAAUCGCUCCCAUCCAUGCAGCAGGCAGUGCGGAGCCCACAGGAUUUGGUGCGAUUUGCGGCAUGCACCAUGACUCCGCCAACCCAACGCUGCAGUGCAAAAAAGCCAUGUCUUGCGGAGGCCUGACCCCUGAGGAGUGCAAGCUUCGUUUGAAGCGCUGGCUUGUCGCCGGGUUGGAUUCCGGCAGGUGGGGCGCCAACAAGCGAGAGAGCCAUGUUAGCAUGGGCGGCGUUCAGCUGUCCCAUUUCGCUGAAGGCCUGAGUUUGGAAGACUUAGACAGAGCGGUGAGCCAUCAGGAAUAA